UCAACUAUUCCGGUCGGAGAGUGUUGCGGGCACGUUAACAACAAAUAUCAGCCAAUAAAUAAAGAACGACGAAUUUUCAGACGUGAGCCUCAACCACAUCACAUUCGACGUCGAACUAGAUCUGUCACGUUUGCCGUCUGGUAUUUUCUCCUUUUCACGAAAAAAAACGUGAACUGUUCAAAGCAUUUCUACACACGUUCGUACAACCAUAACAACAACCACAUACCGAACAUAUAACAACUGAAAAGGAGGAGGAGGAGGAGGGUAAUGUAGUGCAAACGCACCGAGCCCCAAUUAGUUAGAGGACCUCGUGUAACUUGAUCCGGUUAGGGAGGGUGUGUGGGCUUUUUUGUAUUUCUUUAAUUUCAUUUUCCAACUGGGGAUGAUGAGGAGGAUGGAUGGAUGGGGGGAAUGAAACAUGUAGGCGGUGUAGUACGUAUGUGUGUGUUGCGUGUGUUCUCACGGAAAACGCGGUUGGUUAUAUGUUUUGCCCGCAGAUCGUUUUACACGCAAAGUGAAUAUCACUCCCCCCCCCCCUUUUUUCAUGUAAUGCCAUGGAACUAAAAAAAAGGUGUCGGAAUCUUCCGUCAUUCCAUUGCCGGCUGUCGGCGGAUCGUGUGCAGUCAAAAUCCUCGGCUCAUUUCACUUGCGGUCGAAUAGAAAAAGAAUUAUUAUUAUUAUUUUUAAUUUGGCUUUGCCUGUUGUUUGAAUGUACUUUUUAUUUAGUUGAGCGCUAGCACUUCUGUCGCCAACAUCUGUGUCGUCAUCAUCCAGCAGUCCGGAUUAUUAUUAUUUUUUUUAAAUCAUGGGCAGUCGGCGUCCGAACGCGGCUCGUGAGCGAAGUCGGGUCCAAAACUUACGUGACGCUUUCCAAUCUUUGCAGUCGGCACUGCCGGCCGUCCCGCCCAGCACCAAACUCUCCAAACUGGACGUCCUCCUCAUGGCGAGCGCCUACAUCGCCCAUCUCGGCCGACUGGUCCAGGUCGACGACGACGGCGGCGACCAGCAGCAGCCGCAGCAGCCAACGAAUUUCAAUUCAAACGACGGCGCCACUUUCCACCCCGUCAAGAAAUGGCCAAUGAGGGCUCGACUCUACGCCGGACUGAAUCAUUCCGGUUCGCAUCGGCCACUCCGACCAGACGAAGGUCUACCGACAUCAUCAUUCAGGAGGUAAAACUCAACGAGUUGCCAACCUAACCACAAGGAGGCGUCAAUGCGCACUCGAAUAUAAUGCGCCAAAAA